UUGAUUUGACGAGUCUUUUUUCAUCAUGGCAUUUGGACUAUUUAAACGUGUUACAUCAUUAGAGGCAUGUUUCGUUCCAUCUAUACAGGCUGUGUCGUCGUGUAUUUUCUUGAUGUUAUUUUUGAUUCAAGUCGAUGCACAGAUCCGCUACUCAAUCCCAGAGGAGAUGAGGAAGGGCUCUCUUAUUGGUAACGUCGCACAGGACUUGGGUUUGGACAUAAAAAGGCUUCGUUCAGGCCGAGCUCGUAUCGUGACGGGAGAAAAUGUUCAGUACGCCGAGCUGAAGACAGACAAAGGGACUCUGGUGGUGAAUGAGAGGAUAGACAGAGAGCAGCUCUGUGGAGACGUGACUCCCUGCAGCUUCAUUUUUGAGAUUUUACUGGAAAACCCGAUGGAGUUACACCCCGUGACUAUAGAGGUGCUGGAUGUAAACGACAAUGCGCCCACUUUUCAGAGUAAACAGCUGGAUUUUGAAAUAAGCGAAUUAGCCACAGUAGGAUCUACGUUUGAUUUGGAAGCUGCAAGUGAUGCGGAUGUUGGAAUGAAUGGCUUGCAAAAUUAUAUUUUAACUAAAAAUUCCCAUUUUGAUUUAAAACAGUCCGUGCGUCCAGACGGAAGUAAACAAAUUCAGAUGUUUCUACAGAACGCAUUAGACAGAGAGAAACGGUCGCACAUUGAUCUAAAACUAGUGGCUGUUGACGGGGGAAGUCCUCAGAGAUCUGGUACAGUAAAUAUAAAUAUAAUUGUCUUAGAUGCCAAUGACAACGCCCCUGUGUUUAAUCAGAGCAUUUAUAAAUCAUCCGUGACCGAAAAUUCUCCCAAAGGCACUCACGUCGUGACAGUUAAUGCCAGUGACGCAGACAGUGGGGCAUAUGGUCAAGUGACAUACUCGUUUUCGAAAUCAAAUGCUCCCAUAUCUGAUUUCUUUGAAAUAAAUAAAAUCACUGGGGCAAUUUUUGUGUCCAAUAAAAUAGAUUUUGAAAAGGAUAAAAAAAUAGAAUUCAGGGUUGAAGGUAAAGACCAAGGAGGACUCACCAAUACUUGUAAAGUUGAGAUAGAUAUAAUUGAUGUUAACGACAAUGCUCCUGUCAUUAAUGUGAUGUCUUUCACUAGUCCUGUGUCAGAGGACGCACCAGUGGGAACGACCAUUGGUAUAGUUAAUGUUAAAGACUUGGAUUCAGGUGAGAACGGACAGGUGAGAUGUUCAGUUAAAGAAAAUUCGCCUGUUGAAAUUAAAUCUAACGUAAGAAACUAUUACGCGAUGGUAACCAAUGCGCCUUUAGACAGAGAGAUUUUACCAGAAUUUAACAUCACAAUAAUUGCCACAGACUCAGGAAAACCUCCGCUCAAAGUGACAAAAACAUUAAAUUUAAAGAUUUUUGAUGUGAAUGAUAACCCUCCAGUGUUCUCACGUUUCCUCUACAGCGCCACCUUAACAGAGAAUAACUCUCCUGGUUUUUCUGUGCUUAGUGUCGUUGCCAAAGACCCGGAUGAAAACCAGAACGCGCGCGUGUCAUAUAUUUUAGAGGAGUGUGCCAUUGGUGGGUCUCCAGUUUCUGGUUAUAUCUCUGUCAAUUCAGAAAACGGAGUUAUUAGUGCAGCGCGCUCUUUUGACUAUGAACAAACCAAAGAGUUUGUGUGCGUAAUCAAAGCGCAGGACGGAGGCUCUCCUCCUCUCAGCAGCAACGUGACUGUGAAAAUCCUGGUUCAGGACCAGAACGACAACGCCCCUCAGGUGCUGUACCCAGUCCAGACUGGGGGCUCUCUGGUGGCUGAGAUGGUGCCUCGUUCAGCAGAUGUGGGCUAUCUGGUCACUAAAGUGGUGGCUGUGGAUGUGGACUCUGGACAGAAUGCCUGGCUCUCCUAUAAACUGCAGAAAGCCGCAGACAGGGCGCUGUUUGAAGUGGGCUCACAGAAUGGAGAAAUAAGAACUAUCCGCCAAGUGACUGAUAAAGAUGCAGUCAAACAGAGACUGACUGUUAUAGUGGAGGACAACGGGCAGCCCUCUCGUUCAGCUACAGUCAUUGUUAACGUGGCGGUGGCGGACAGCUUUCCUGAAGUACUGUCUGAGUUCACUGACUUUACGCACGACAAGGAGUACAAUGACAACCUGACUUUUUACUUAGUGCUGGCUCUGGCUGUAGUCUCCUUUCUGUUCAUCACGUGUGUAGUGGUCAUUAUAUCAGUGAAAAUCUACAGAUGGAGACAGUCUCGCAUCCUGUAUCACUCCAAUCUGCCAGUGAUCCCAUAUUAUCCUCCACGUUACUCAGACACUCUGGGCACAGGGACCCUCCCACACGUGUACAAUUACGACACGUGCAGGACCACAGACUCCAGAAAGAGUGACAUUAAAUACAUGCAGCCAAUAAGUCAAAGUUUACUCGAUGUUGGUGGAAACGAUUCUGAAGCCCAACAAAUAGAGAAACAGUUUGCAGGUUCCAAUAUGUCAACUCUGCUGCUUCAGAGUGGGUCCUAA